AUGUCGUCGGAAAUAUCAGCAAACGCAAGGCAAGAUCUGAAUGAGAAAAGUGGCAAAGGUCAAGAUGCUGAGAUCAAAGUGGGAACGCAACACAUGCAAGAAUUGGAGGUUGACGUUGGAAAAAUACUCAAUGAUGAAGGGCUGGAUGAUAUAGAAGGCGAUACAUCGCCAUAUCCUGAAGUCAGAGCCGUAGUUCCAGAAGUCGACGAUCAAGCCAUUCCUGUCAAUACUUUGAGGAUGUGGAUUUUAGGGUUUGCUUUCACUAUGAUUGGUGCUGGUAUCAAUCAAUUCUUCAGUCUUCGUUACCCCUCAGUUCAUAUUGUUGCACUCGUUGCUGAACUUCUGGCAAUGCCUUUUGGUAUACUUUUGGCAAAGAUUUUACCCCUCUACACUCUCAAUCUAGGGCCUCUGGGGAAAUGGUGUAUCAACCCCGACAGGCAUUUCAACAUCAAGGAGCACACUGUGGUAACCAUCAUGAGUAACGUAAGCUUUGGUUAUGGAAGCGCAGACUCAACGAGUAUUAUUCAAGCUGCAAAAGCAUUUUACAACUUUGAUUUGAAGCCUGGCUUCUCAAUUCUUAUCGUCCUUUGUUGUCAAAUGAUGGGUUUUGGCGUUGCGGGGCUAUCUUCCCCUUGGUUGGUAGAGCCAGCUUCUAUAAUCUGGCCAGGUGUGCUGUCUAAUUGCGCUUUACUUUCCACAUUACAUUCUCGAGCAAAUGCUAUCGCCAAUGGCUGGGAGAUUAGUCGAUUACGAUUCUUUAUGUAUGUUAUGGUUGGAGCGGGAGUGUGGUACUUUUUUCCCGGUUUAAUAUUUGUGGCUCUCUCAUAUUUUACUUGGGUCUGUUGGAUUGCUCCAAACAACCUGAUCGUCAAUCAUCUGUUCGGAAUGGUUACAGGUCUCGGAUUGAGUCCGAUCACGUUUGAUUGGUCACAGAUAGCAUAUAACACAAAUCCUCUACUUUCGCCAGCGUGGGCCGCUUUAAAUGUAUUCGGUGGGUUUGUGGUUUUCUUUUGGAUUGUUACCCCUGGUCUUUAUUAUGCAAACGUUUGGUACACAGCCUAUCUUCCACUUUGUUCGGCUGAUGUAUACGAUAACACCGCAUCCCUAUACAACGUUUCCCGGAUCAUGACUUCGUCGAAUACUUUGAACGCAACUGCAUACGCCGAAUAUUCACCUGCAUUCCUUCCUGCUACAUUUGCUUUCGUAUAUGGUAUAUCUUUUGCAGCCAUUACCGCUGUUCCAGUGCACAUAUACCUCUGGCAUGGCACUCAAAUUCUUGAUGCAUUUGCUGGUCGGACUAAAUUGGAUAUCCAUGCUCGUUUGAUGCGCCUCUACUCACGGACUCCUUGGUAUUGGUAUGGAGCUAUCACCGUUAUAAUGCUUGCAUUAGGUAUUGUGAUGGUCGAAGUUUAUGAUACGACCUUGCCGUGGUGGGCUGUUAUACUGGCAGUAAUCAUACCGGCAUUUUACAUGAUUCCAUGUGGUAUUAUUCAGGGGAUAACCAACGUAGAUGCCAAUCAACUCAAUGUUCUAGCCGAAUUUAUUGGUGGAUACAUGUUUACUGGGCGACCAUUAGCGAAUAUAAUUUUCAAGGUUCUUUCUACUGAUGUAGUGGGCCAAGGCCUGUACUUCGCUCAAGAUAUGAAGCUAGGUCAUUAUAUGAAAGUGCCACCUCGAACUCUUUUUUUCGCACAAGGAAGUGCCACUAUUCUUGGGGCUCUUACGCAAGUUGGAGUGACUCUAUGGAUGCUCGGUAAUGUCAAAGAUAUUUGCUCAGAAGAUCAAUCAAAUGGUUUUACGUGUCCAAAUGGCCGUACAACCUUUUCUUCCUCUGUCAUCUGGGGUGCAAUUGGACCAGGACGCGUAUACUCUAUCGGCAAAAUUUAUUCUGGCCUGUUGCACUUCUUUUGGAUCGGUGCACUUAUGCCAAUAAUCACGUGGAUUGUAUGGAAAUACUGGAGGAAGGAUACCGGUGAAGAGAGAAGCUGGAUACGACUUAUAAACUGGCCGUUGAUAUUUGUGGGAACCUAUAACGUGCCACCGGCUACGGGCAUCAACUAUAGUAGUUGGGCACUGGUAAAUUUGACAUUUAAUUGGUGGAUCAAAGCAAAAUUCUUUGCGUGGUGGUCCAAGUACAAUUACGUCUUAGCAGCUGCACUCGAUACGGGUCUUGCUCUUUCAGCAAUUGUGAUAUUCUUCUGCAUCACAUAUCCUGGAGCACAAUUUCCAGAUUGGUGGGGCAAUACAGUUUACCUCAACACGGCAGAUGGAAAUGGUCUUCCAUGGCUUUCAUUACCUGAAAGUGGUAGAUUCGGUCCGGCAAAUGGAACAUGGAGCUGA